UACAUUUUGUCCUGUUCACGCUGGUGUGAUAACAUUGCAAUGAUUUGGCCAUUUUACACGGUUAGUUGCAAACUGAAAAAUAGCGAGCGAACGAAGGAGACUUGCAAUUAGUUACGGCAACCUGUGGCAAAUGGAUACGUUUUACGUAGCCCUGUACCCCUACAGCUACUGUCCACAAGAGGGGAAUGAAGUAUCUUUCGAGAGUGGGGAUGUGUUUCUGCUGAAGGACAAUUCAAAUGCUGAGUGGUCGCUAGUCUCACCAGUGACAAAUGAACAGAAUGAGUUCUAUGUUCCAGCUAACUACAUUCAACCUAUGGCCUCAUACAAUGAAGAUCAGAGGCAAGAGGGUUAUGGAAAUGAGGAUGAAAACGUGACCCCAGUGAAUGGGAGUGAGUUCCUGGACAACAAAUUAUUCGCGGGGCAGUGGCCGCAGACAAAGUUAGAAAACACGGACUCAGGGACAAGUAGGAAACAAUGCCACCCAGAGGGAGACGUGGGGGGAAAAAGUGGGAGGGGUAAGGGGGAAGAGCAUUUGAGUAUAGACAGUGCUCUGGAUGGGGGCAGUUGCGACAGUCUCUCCACCGAUAGUGACCUGUCUCCCAAUAAACACAAACACGCGGACUCUGGCGCAGAUUCGAUCGAAUCUGUCUCCAAUCUACCAACUGAAACAGUAGUCGUAGUCGACUCAAACCACAAUGAUACACUUGCGUCUCCCCGUACCCAGCUGCAGCUGCCCAAGCCUACAGUGCUUCGAUCACAGCUCUACUCUGAAAGCAGGAACAGCUGCAGCUACCCCCCUGCUCUUCAUUCCCAAACUGGCUGUGACUUCUCAGAUGGAGGAGUAGAGGUGGGAAACAAGUGUGACGUCAUUAUUAGACCAAGCACCUUCAUGCAGCCAGAGAGUUGCAGCUCUGCUUCCCACAUAUUACAGGAGUGCACUGACUCAGACGAAGCUCCACGCCCGAAACCACGAACCUUGUCCCUCGUGAAUGAAUCAACGACACGAAAAGACAGUCGGUGUACUUCAUCGUCACUAUCCCAGUCACGGAAGAAAGUCAGUCUGAGAGAGAGACUGUCGGGCACCAUUUCACACUCCAAGGCCCGAUCAGGAGCCGAUAUAUUAGAAGAGGCAAUGCGUGCAAACAGGACAGCCUCAGGAGGAGCGUCCGUUGUUGAAAGAAGCUCAUUUCGGAAGUCUCUAGAUGACUUGAUUACUCCGGAACGGCUCCACGGCACUGACAUGGAUCCAGCUGGAGUCGCAAGCAUUCGCAACGGGAACCAGUACCAAUCUCAUACAAACAUGAUGUCCUCAAAUUUUUCCAUUGCAACUACCACGGCUGCAGCGGCUUCAAUGGACUGUCUGUUUACUGACGACGAGGAAGCAGAGGAGUUUAAAUGCAACCCACACGAGCACCACCUAUAUUCGGACUCGGUCGCAGUCAUGCUGCGCUCAGGCAGUCUGGGCUGCUUCGCCACUCCACACGCGAGCUCAAACACGCCAUACGCAUUCUUUGAUAAAUUAGAGAAAGGAGAUCUGCAUGACUUCCCUCUUAACCCUGGGUCUAAGACCGUAGACCCUACUGUUGUCCCUCAAACUGAGAAAAAAAACAAUGAAAAAAGAGUGGGUAAUGAUGUGUUGCGGGAAGGUGUAUUAUACAAGAAGGUUGAGACUGAGCACUCCUCGAGAUCCCUCCUCUCCUGGUCUGGACUCAGGCAGCAACAGGGCAAGUGUUUCGUACAACUCACAGAAAGGGCACUCUUGUUCUUCAAGGACAGAAAACAUGCUCAGACACAACAGAACAGUUAUUCUUCCCAAGCAUCUGCUGGAGGCAGUGGCGUGGCCCAGAGUAGGCCUGAGCACAGCUUCGAGUUGUUCGCCUCCAACAUCGAGUGGCGAAGGGGCAAAAAGAAUACGUUCCAGUUGUGGUGCGACUUCAUGCCACAGAACAAGGUGCUACUGAAAUCUUCCAAUCCGUACGACGCUGUACAAUGGUAUGAUGCCAUCAACACAGCCAUUGUGAAUCUGAAGACAGGCGUGACCAAGAUGGAAAACGACUUCGACCAGGCAUCUUUAAUGACUGCUGCGAUAGAGGGCAGCUCAAGUGGCACUCUGAAUCGCUCUGAUUUGGCCAACGGGCAACAGCGCUACAAAAAAAACUAUUCCGGAAACUUCUUUUCCGGACCGGACAAAGUUGUCAACAGGAAAAGCUAUCGCACGCAGGAGUCAACAUCUAGUCUAGCCAGCAGCGGGGGCUCCCAGACUACUCUAGGGUCAGUUGGGGGAAUGCGCAACUGUCUGGCUCAACUUCUCAAGUCAAGGCCAUCUGUGGAUGCUCUAAAGAAGAAGGGAAUUCUCAAGUCAGCUCCUGUAUUUGGCUGUCUGCUGGAGGUGCGCAGCGAGAGUGAGAAGCGAAUGGUGCCUGAGUUUGUGAUCAAUGGCACUCGCGAGGUGGAGAGGAGAGGAGUGGACAUUGAGGGCAUCUACAGACUAUGUGGGAACAUGGCUGAGAUACAGAAGCUGCGCUUCGAAGUCGACAAGAACUCUAGCUACAGUCUGUCCCAAGUGCAGGACAUCCAUGUGAUCACAGGUGCUCUGAAGAUGUACUUUCGGGAAUUGCCCGAGUCUCUAUUCCCAUCUGGGUCCUACACCACCCUCGCUCAAGCAUUCACGAGUGGGAAGGAAACGGAUGAGUUGAUUGAUACAGUGCGUGGAAUCAUACAGACCUUCUCCUUCACACAUCAGGCUACCCUCCUACACCUGUUCACACAUCUAUCACUUGUUGUGGAGAGACAGCACAUGAACAAGAUGGACAGCACCAAUGUAGCCAUAGUGUUCGGACCCAACCUCAUCUUCCCCCCGGACCACAUCUCAAUGGCAGCCAGUGUUGCCACCACCAACUCCAUCAUGCUCUUCACCCUCACCCACCUGCCCCUAAUAUUCCCCCCACACCACCCACGUACAGACACUCUCCUCAAAGGAGCCACCAACUCACCACGCCUCCUUAACUCGCUCCAACACAGCAAGGGACAUAGCAGACCCGGCAGCAGCAACAACAACUACUAUUCUAGCAACAUCAGCAACGACCCAAGUCCCACUAGUGAGUUGACGAGAAUCUCGGGAGGAGGAGUGAGCAGCAGUCCAUCCAGCAGAGUCUCGUCUCUUCAUCUCUUGGGCUCUUCUUCUCCCUGGAACCAGUCCCCACUUCCAUCGCCUUCUCAAGAUCCAUCACCUGGAUCUUUAGUGUAGAUAGAAAUUUAGAGACAAUACAAAGUACACAAAAUAGAAAUUAGAACAAUGGCUCAAGAAGCUAGAUUUUGCACAUAAAAUUCAAAUGGAUACAGACUUAGCAGAUCGCGUAUUUGCGUCUCAAAAUCAUAUAAGAUGUACUUUGUGAGGAUUUGUCAACUUAUUUGAAUUAAGUGUCAAUGA